GCAAAACACAUUUGCGGCUUUUCCUCUCCCCGGGUUUUUGCUCGUCCUUCGACCGGCGCCUCUCCUCGAUCAUCUCCAUCUUCACUUCCUCAUCCUCCUCCGCCUGGCGCCCGCCAUCUGAUGGACGACGGCCUCUCGACAACCGGCAGCAGUCCGGCGCCCAAGCGCACGCGUGUCAGCAUGGCCUGCACGCAGUGUCGCGCCCGCAAGGCUCGCUGCGAUCGCGGGCAGCCGGCCUGCUCCUCCUGCUUGGCCUCCAACCAGCAAUGUUCCUACGACAUCGAAAACUCCAAAAAGAGAGGUCUGCCGACCGGCCACGCUCACGAGAUGGAGCUGCGCACUUCCUUGUUUGAGAGAAUUCUUGGAAUAGCCUGUGCGCGCGAUCCUUCGCUCGAGCGUGAACUGCUGGCCAUCCUCAGAAAUGCGGAGACAGAGAGCGCGCUCGAUGAUCUCUGGCCGGCUACUCUCGAGUCAUCCGAGCUCUCGGGAUUCUUCAAAGACUGGUAUUCGACAUCAGUAUCGUCAGAAUUCGAGCACGUCGUCGACAUGAUCAAGACAAAGUACGGUGCCAACGCAGGACGUAGGCGUACUCAGUUCUUACAGCAGCGCAACUCCGCUUCCCCCGAGAUGACUCCCGCUCCACGUCCCCCGCGGCCACGCAAACCUCAACCUCCUCAGCAACCGCAGCGCCAGUCGCUAUCUACAGACGUCUCUCACAACACAGAAUUAUCUUCGCUUUCGGUCCUCGCUGCGGCUGCCUCCACAUCUGCGGACCCAUCAACUCAAUCGGUCGCUAGCGAUUCUCCAGUUUUGCUACUUCCCCCACCUCCUCCUCCGCCACCUCCAUCCCCAUCUCCCGCUCCUUCUUCUUACUCAAACAUAUCGCUUCCGUCAUCAUCAACCUCUGAGGUUAACGGCCAGUCGCUCAUACUCGACAGACUAGGAGAAUUUUUCAACCACUUUGAUGGAUCCACAAACUAUGUCGGCCCUUCCUCCGGGUUGAUUGGCAGCACCCUUCGAGAACUAGCUUUUCCAGCUUUUGAGUAUCCCUCAAUAUUCCCAUUCUCUCGACGCAUCGAGGUCAUGAUCCCACAAUCGACCGAAGCUGGUGCUAAACUGGCAGACGAAGUCUUGCACAAACCUUUACCAUCCGACAUAUCUCAUCUGCUUUCCUUAUACUUUGUCACCAUGCACAGCUGGCUGCCCAUACUUGACAGAUUUGGCGUUAUCAAACUUGCCCAUCAGGGUUCCAGUCAAACAACAAACGAAACCCGCAUGCGGGAUGUGGCUGAUCGCGGCAUCCUCUGGGCGGUGCUGGCGUUAUCUACCGCCCACUUAGAUGGCGGCUGCAAAGUGAGGGAUACGAGCAGUACAUCUACCCUCUCUCGCUGCGAUCUGUACGCCGACUACGCUUUGACUUCACUCUCUGCAGCGCAGGCGCUCAUCAGCGAGUCGAGCGACCCAUUUGCCCCUCUUGCUUGUGCCGUGCUGCAAAGCCUGCUUUCUUUGCUCUAUCUAUCAAAGGGACUGUGGGCCGACAGCUGGCACUUUAUCAGCAGUGCGUGCAGGUAUGCACUUGACACUGGCAGUUUUUUGGACUCGCUCCCAGCAUCUUCAGAAGCAUACGCAACAUCCGAGGCAAGAGCAGAGUUUAGACGGCGUCGGCUGCGGGCAUGGGCUGGAUUUUGUGUGAUUGACACGAUUGUUGCAUCCCGGACUGGCAUGAUGCCCAAUAUUCGGGCUAAAGACUGGCCGCUGCCUGCUGUGGAAGAGACCGGGGCGGACGAAUGGGAUGUGUAUCAACCUCCGGAAUUUCCAAAUGCUGAAGGUCAUAUUCACGCAAAUCCCGCUAGGUGCCUAUCCGUGUUUAAUCAGUAUAUGGCACUGGUGCGGAUAUGGAAUACUGUUCUCACAUCACGUCUAUACCAUCCUAUGCGGGAAUCCGGAUCUGCCAACGGGAGCUCGACAGCAGCGCUGCUGGCCAAGAAGGUUGAGUACUUUGUGGAAGAGCUCAAGACUUGGGAGAGUGGUCUGCCUUCGCACUGCUUUCUGCAAGCUCAGACUAGGUCGUCUACUACAGACUUUAAGAGCUCACGGUCGAACCCGACCCCUUAUCUGGUAAACAUGAAUAUGACUUAUCUGCUAGUGCAAGCUUUGGUAUAUUCAGCUGUGUUUAACCAUCCGGGGAUGAAAACAUCAUCAACGCCAGAGAGUAUGCAUCUGAUGACGACGACGAUGCGCUCGUAUUCGAGAGUUUUGCUAGGGAUGUCGCAGCUACUCCGACUUGUCCACACCACUCCUAUCUUGUACAUGCAUUUAUUGCCAUCGACGUUUGAGUAUUUUGUCUUCAGAACUACGUCUCUCUCUACCUUUCUCAAUCAAACCAUGCGCAACAGUCUAGUCUCGAGCGCGUAUGGGGAUUACAAGACAGUUCUCUCGCAGGUAUUGGCGUUCCUGAAGUUGGUGAUGCCGGUUUGGCCGGCAGCUAUUCUGUCAUUAAGAGUGCUCAGCAAUCUGCGAGAAGCAAAGAAAGCUGUGUCGCUUCCAAUCAGCGCGAUGACUCCUUCGACGGGGGUCCCCACCCCGACUGCAUCUUCUGUGUCCGUCGCGACUCUGUCUCCGGAGGAUCCACCUACGAAGCGGGAAAGUGACACGAAGGAGGUGCUUCAACGGAAUAGCAUGACAUCAGAGCCUUUGGUAUCUGAUUCUGGGAAUAUUUUGGAAGACUUGGGUGAUCUCUCAAUGUUUGGCAUGAAGGCAUCUGGCGAGGAUGUACGACUAGAGCAGUUUAUGCAGAAUCUGGGAUAUGUGAAUGGGCUCGAUAUUGAUUUUUUGAUGGCUGCCGACGACCUUCAGCAGAGUAUUCACGGCUCGAAUGUGAAGACGCAGGAGUCGGCGGACACUUCGAGUUGAUCUAUUUGGCGUUGGUCCUUGUAUAACUAGAGUGGGAAUAUUGUAAGGAUAUUUGCUGUAAGCUUCGUGAGUUGCUGGAGAAUAUCAAAGUAAUCAGAAGCUGUUGUAGAGCAGAUUAGAAUCAGCUCCUCGGAGUUUGAGAGAGUUUAAAAUACGCC